GACUUUGAUGCGGAUGUGUUUUUCCGAUUGUGGUCGAGUUCUUUUGAGACCAUUUGAUCGGUAAAAUGAUCCAUAAGAGAUCAAUAAGUGAGAGGUGACAGCUGGACCGAGCCGAGCCGAGCCGAGCCGAGCCGAGCCGGGCUGGUUCGUCAUGUCCGGACAAAGGGGCGGAAAAUCCCUGAUCAUCACUGACGAUGAGGAAGAAGAGGUCCAGGAUGGGCUGAACCCGUUCUCCUUCAAAGAGUUUCUGCGCUGGAAGAACCAGGACCAGAACCAGAACCAGGACCAGGACCAGAACCAGAACCAGACACACAGAAAGGAGGAUGCUUUGGGGCGGAGCUUCCAGCCAUUGGUGGACAGCGGCUCCUCCCUCUGCACUAACGAGGAGGAAGAGGAUGCGGAUGAAGACGAUGGAGGAGAAGAGACGAGGUUUUCCUCCAACCCUGAAGGAGGAGACGAGACGCCCCUCAGCCAAUCAGACGCCAGCAGGGGGCGGAGCCUGAUCCAACAGAUGAGGGAGGAGAACUCGGCGCUGAGGCGGAGCGUCAGGGAGCUGCAGAGGAGAGCCGAGCUCCAUCAGUCCAGGGCGAGGCGGCUCUCUGAGGAGCUGCAGCAGAGGAGGCGCCAGGAGGAGCAGGAGGCGCAGGACCUGGAGAGCAUGGUGCAGUCAGUGGAGCAGAACCUGCAGCUGAUGAAGAGGCGAGCAGUGAAGGCUGAGAGCAGCGUUUCCAGACUGAAGGCGGAGCUUCAGCAGCUGCAGGUGGAGGUAGACACUCUGCGAUCAGAAAACAACCGUCUGAAGGCUGCUGAAUCCGAGGUCGUCAUGACGAUGAGACAAAACGCUCAGGUGGCGGCUGAGUACCUGAGCAAGUCAGUAAGCCACGCCCACUCCUCCGUCAGGCAGCUGCUGGAGGAAGCAGAAACUCUCCGUUUGGUCUCUCAGCUCCUCCAGUCCAUCGAUAAGAUCUCCAGUGCUCAGCCUGAGGGUGCAGUUGCCAUGGAAACGGUGGAGUCGGCACCCUGAAGUUUUACUUUCAGAGAGGAAAGAUGGAGGAGUUUCAGCUUCAGAUCUUCUCCUCCUGGACUCCAAGUUUUUACUGGUUUUGAUUUCUGAGAUGAUGAUGAUGAUGAUGAUGAUGGUGAUGGUGAUGAAGAUGAUGGUGAUGGUGAUGAAGACCUGGAGGUCUCAGCACUGAGCUCUCCUCCUCCAGGUUCUGAGUCAAAUUACUAGAUAUGAGAAAAUUAUUCAUUUAUUUUAUUUUCCGUUACAAAGGUUUGGUUUGAACUCUGACCUCUGCUAAAGUUUUGACCUUGACUUUGAUGUAAACCUGCAGGAUCAAUAACUUCUUUCUGAUCUCCUUUAAUAAAUAAAAACCUGAACGAAUCUCUGUAAAGUGGAGAAACGCUGAUUUGUUCAGGAAAGUAAAAUCUAGACCUGA